AUGGACACCGGACUAUCUCUGCCCAGGUACCCGCUGCUGGUGCUGCUCUGCGCGGUGUGCGCGCUGUCGGGGACCCGGAGCCCCGUGGCUGCUGCGGGGAGGAGCUGCGCCGACACCCGGCAGGUGUACGCGGAGAAGGGCUACGGCACAGGCACCGCACCGCUGACUCAAAUCUCCGGCGAGCACCUGCGGCUCUGUCCUCAGGACUACACCUGCUGCUCCAGUCAGAUGGAGGAGACGCUGGCCCUCCAGAGCGAGAGGGACUUCCUCAAGUCUGUGGAGGAAAACAGCCAGUUCCUCCUGACUACUUUCACCCAGAGGCACCGCCGGUUUGAUGAGUUCUUCAGGGAGCUCAUAGAAUUGUCAGAGAAGUCCAUGAACCAGAUGUUUACCAAGACCUACGGCCGCCUCUUCACACAGAAUUCACACGUCUUCCAGGAGCUGUUCGUGGAGCUGCGCAGAUAUUAUUCUGGCGGCAGCGUGAGUCUGUCAGAGGUUCUGUCAGACUUCUGGUCCAGACUGGUGGAGCGGGUCUUCUCUCUGGUUAACCCCCAGUACCAGUUCAGCGAGGACUACCUGGAGUGUGUCAGCAAGCACGCCGAGCAGCUGCAGCCGUUUGGAGACGUGCCGCGCAAACUGCGUGUACAAGUGUCGAGGGCUUUCAUCGCAGCCAGAGCGCUGUCACAGGGCUUGGCUACCGGUCGGGAUAUUGUUAACAAAGCAACAAAGCUGACAGCGGAUUCGGAGUGUGUUCGUGGGCUGAUGCGUCAGUGGUACUGCCCUCUGUGUCGAGGCAUGGCCUCCCUGCGGCCCUGCCACUCCCUGUGCCUCAACGUGAUGAAGGGCUGCUUGGCCAAUCAGGCCGACCUGGACACCGAGUGGAGCAAUUUCAUUGACUCUCUGUACCAGGUUUCAGAGAAGUUGGAGGGACCGUUCAACAUCGAGCUCGCAGCCGACUCCAUCUCAGUGAAAGUGUCGGAGGCCAUCAUGCACAUGCAGGAGAACAGCGUCAGCAUCUCCACUAAGGUGUUCCAAGGUUGUGGAAGCCCCCGGCCGGCUCCUGGACGCUCCAAACGCUCCCCAAAAGAGUCGGGCGGCAGCAGGAGGCCCUUCCGCACCUACAGCCCCGAGGAGAAACCCACCACGGCUGCAGGCACCAACCUGGACCGACUGGUUACCGAGCUGAAGGAACGACUGAGGCCCAUGCGUGGCUUCUGGGUGUCCCUCCCACACACCAUCUGCAACGAUGAGAAGAUGGCGGCCGACGUCACUAAUGAGGACCGCUGCUGGAAUGGGCAGACCCGGGGGAGGUACCUCCCGGAUGUGACAGGUGACGGGCUGGUGAGUCAGAUCAACAACCCCGAGGUGGAGGUGGACAUCGCCCGGCCGGAUGUGAGGACCAGACAGCUGAUCAUGGAGCUGAGGGUGGUGACCAACAAACUGAGACACGCGCAGAGCGGACAGGACAUGGACUUCAUGGACAGUGAGGAGGGCAGCGGCUCAGGGGGCGGGGAUCACGGUGAAAGGUACAAUGAUGAUUGGCCAGGUUACGGGCCCUACUCCCCCCCCUACAACAAACCCCCUCGCAACCCUCCCGCCAACCCGGCGAAGCCGCCUCGAGUCCGAGAAAGAAACGGGUCCAAGUGGAACAAGAACAACGGCCACGGACGGGUCAGAUCUGCAACCAGCCGGCUCUCCUUCUCCCUGGUUCCUUUGUUGUCUUUGCCACUUAUGGUCACUGUUGCCCCCAUGUGGAGAUAGCUGGUUAUUACAGUCUGGAGGUGGAGGUGGAGGUGUGUUAACAUGCUGGAGUCUGAAGCACAUUAUGAAGAAGAAAAAAAAAAAAAAAGAAGUCAUUCCAUUUGGUUGCACCAGCAGAAAAAAAACAACAAAAAAACAAAACAAAAGACAAAACAGGCUAAUUUAGCAAUAAUCAAAAACCUGUUUACAGCACAGAAUGAAUAAGUUAAAGUGAAUAUUUUUACUAUUGCCCACAGACGAGGCAUUAUCAGGCAUGGAUGAGCACAAACAAUACUUCAUGAUAAACGCCAUUUUCUUAUUUUAGUGCCACUCGUGUGAUGUUUGAGUGUCGAUGCUGAUCGUGUGCAGAAAAGUCCAGAGGGUGAACGAGACAAACAGAACAACAGGAAACGAGUUCGCAGCGUGUUUGCAGCUCUGUGAGAUCCGUCAGUUAAUAACUGUGUAGUUUCACCGAGCAGCUGAUUCCAUCUGAGCGAGUUUGUUUGCUGCCUUUUGUCUUGACGUUAAGUUAAUUAAUUUAAUUGAUCCUGGUUUCAGUCCAGUCGUGUUUCCUUUCUUUUGUUUCCCCCCUGAGUCUUGCUGAGGUGGUGAGAUUUAAUUUACUCGCUUAAUUAAAUCUCUGUAUUUUGGCUCGUAGAUUAAAGAAAGUCAAUAGUUUGACUCUUGAAACCAAACAAGGGGCUUAUUUUGAAUGUACCCGAAAGCUCUAAAGUUAAUUUGCGGUUACUUGUGAUGUAAUAUAUUGAUGUUUUUAAUUUAUUUGUAAUAUAUUUCAUUGUUGUUCUUAUGAUUUGAAGACAAGGGUUGAGUGGUUUUUUUUUAUCUUUUAAGAGAAGUGUGUGCUUUAACUCUCUCUGGUAUAUAAAAAAGGAAAAACUAAGUUGUAUUUAUUGAUAUUUUUCGUAAAAAAACAAUCAUUUGAAGUAUUGUUAACCAAUCACAACACUUAAAUAUCAAACAAUAUUGGGUCACAAGACAAGCACAAGUUCAACCAGAGAUUGUUAAGAGGUGUGUGUGUGUGUGUGUGUGUGUGUGUGUGUUUUAUAUCGUUUGUUGUAUGUUCCGGUUUCAUGUUGAGCAGAUGUUGGGGUGUUUUUUUUUUAAAAUACCACGCUUUUCUACUUGUUUUUCCUAAAAAGCAACAAGAUGAGGAGAUGAUGUAAAAUCGGGCUGAAUGUCGAGGGAGAGACAGAUAAACGUGAAGGAGAGCGAUGAGA